UAUGGCUCUGAUAUUAAUUUGUCUAAUUCAGAUAGUUUUUGUUCAUCUACCCAUUAAAAUAUUUCAGUAUUUCAAGCAAUUGGGAGAUCGUGGCACAAAAGCUAUUUGCUUAAUGAAAUGCUUUGGUGGAGGCAUAUUCCUUGGAAUUUAUCUUUUACAUAUGGCACCGGAAGUUAGACAACUAUUAGAGCAAUCCAUGUUGAUUCCAUAUAACAUGACCUAUCCUAUUCCAGAGUUAAUAACAGGAUUGGGAUUUUUUAUGGUUCUUUUUAUAGAGUAUGCUGUAGUCAGUACACAAAGCAGAUUAGAUUCAGCAGAUGAAAUUCAACAAGAUUUAAAUACUCCAAAUGAAUCUCAAAAGGAUGAAAAAGCAGUUGAUGAACAUACUACAACCAGUAAAAAUGAAAACAGCAGUCUGUCAAAUCUUCAAUUUAGGUCAAUUUUCUUUCAAGUGGCUCUCUCUCUACAUGUUAUAUUUGAAGGAAUGUCAGUUGGACUUAAAAGAAGUCAUAGAGAAGUUUGGAUAUUAACUGGAGCAAUUUGUAUUCAUGAAGUAGUUGUGGCUUUUUGCUUGGGAGUGAAUCUCUACAGAUCAUUCUCAAAAAAUUUACAGAAAUAUAUUAUGUUUGGAGUUUUCUAUGCAGUAGAUUCAGCAAUAGGUAUAGCUAUUGGAACUGCAGUUACGUCUGUUAAUGGACAUCAAUAUACAAUUGAUUUGAUUAACGGAAUACUUCAAGGAUUGGCAUCUGGUAUAUUUAUCUAUGUAACAUUUUUCGAAAUUCUACAAGGAAGUCUAACUUAUAACUCUCCUUUAAGUCAUUUAAUUGUAACAAUAAUUGGUUUUGGAGUAAUGGCAGGAAUAAACGCUAUUCCAGAUAUCAGUUUAUAG